AUGGAAAAUGUAUUAAAGGAUUUUGUGGACCACAUGGAAAACAUCGCACAACACAUAGAUUCGUAUGCGGUGAGCUGUGCGGACGCAGGUUGGGGACGUAGAGGAGACACGCAUAAGGGACACUUGUACACCGAUCAUUCAGUUGCGGACGUAAUGAAAUGCAGACUGAUGGUUGCAGCAUUAUAUUUUGUAACUGGGUGGAGCAAUCACAUGACACAUGAUAAGGACCCAUCGGAAAAUGAUAAGGACAUGAAGGCUAUUAUGAGGUGCAUGGUGGCCAAUGUUUUUGCGUAUAUAUUGGCUGCAAUAAAGUGUGGAUUUCAGUGGCCUGGAGUAGACAGAGCAUGGACCAUAAUGAAGGAGCUUGUGGGCAGUAGUGGAGACCCGUCUAAUCCAAUUUCAAGAGGAACAUGUACGCUGGAUGUGUAUAAGGAUACUAACAUAGGCACAGGGGAUUUACAGGGGGCGAUACAGAACUGGUUAAAGACACGUUCAUAUAUACGCGAUAGUAUAACACAAAUAGAGAAGAACCCAAAGUGUAAAAUGCAGUGGGAAAUGUACAAGAAAAGUUUUGAGGCAAGAGGGGAAGAUGCAGACCUUUCCAGUAUAUUUCAGCAGGACGAUAUGAACACCUUAGUGAAAACGCAGGUAACAAAAAUGUUUAGGACAAUUACCAACACAGUAAGAAAAAAGGUUGACAAGGCACGAAAUAACACACGCAGCUCCGGCGGCGUCGGGGAUAGUGAUGUUGAAUCUGAGGACGAGGAAGAGGAAGAGCCGAAGAAAUCGACAAUUCCAAAGGAAAGUCAACUCAAUGGCAAAUCCCGCGCCACAAAACCGGCAGUACCAACAACAGGAGGGGCACAACAGGACAGCAAGAAGGACACAAGAAGUGAUGAGGACAACACGCAUGGUGCAGCAGGAGCAGGCGGGGACGGAAAAGGACCGGGUCAGGGACCUGGACCUGGACAACAACCCCCACCUGCACCACCAGAACAGACACAAGCGGAUGGGAAAGCGCAAGAUUUGCAUGACGCUACAGCUACAGGAGCCACAGGGACAGAAGGUAAGGAGCUAACGCGCCAUAGGCCAGGGCCAAGCACAAAGCGGGGACCCCAAGGGAGCCCAGAGAACUGUGAGGACAGGGGGCCCGACCAGGAGGAAGUUUACAAGUGUAUAUUGAGGACCAUGCCCGAGCAAGUGAAUCAGGUGGACGAUUCCAAGGAAUACGGCCCCGGCGUCUGGGUGCUUCCUGAAAGUGCCCGCUCCAUUGAAGUGUCCAAAGGGGCUUCACCUGACGCACCUUCAGUACCCACAGGUAAGGAGAAUGUAUCAAAAGCGGAUGAGAAGACUACUGUGGAGAACACACCUCCAACAGGCCCAGAUCCCGUGCAGCGCAGUGAACCCAGUAGCCCCAGUACACCGGGGUCCCCGGAUGCCCCUGACGUAGGUACCAAGACAACGGGGCGUGAACCACCUGAUGGUAAAGCUAACCCAGAUGCUCAGAAUGGACAUGUGCAACCUAACGAGGACAAAGGGGGGAAGAGUAUUACACAAACGGACUCAGAAAAAGUGACUUCCAUCGGACAGCAGGAUCCAUCCGGUGGCACAGGUACCAGUGAUGGUGGUAUCAGUACUACUGUAACCUGUUUACCCGGGAUUACUGAUACAACAUGUAAUAUUGUGAACGGUGCUUCCACUCCCAGUAAUGAUAAUAGCAGCACUCCUACAGGCGGUGUGUCCUCUGCUGGAGGUGCACCUCCUAACCCUGUAUCGGGUACUGCUUCAGGUUCCCCUGCUCCAUCCACCCCAGAUGGUGCGGACAAGAAAAAUAAGCCCCCUCAGGAUUCACCUGAUCUUGACCUAAAUACACCUGGUGCAGCCGCAACAGGUAAUCCUGGGGGAUCCCAUGGACCAGCAUUUAAAACGCUAAAUUCUGAACCUUACCAUGCGGAAAUGUUACAAUCAUCAAACCUUACAAUCCUGAACCUCGCAAUCAUGGAACCGUAA